AUGGACGUCAAUAUCACUAAAGCCCUCAACGACAAGCUCUACGACAAGCGCAAGAGCGGCGCGCUCGAGCUCGAAGGCCUCAUUCGCGACGCCCUCGCCGCCCAGGACCACGACAGGAUAGCCCGCAUCGUGCGCCAGCUGUGCCAGGAGUACGCCUAUGCCGUCCACCAGCCCCACGCCCGCAACGGCGGCCUGAUAGGGCUGGCCGCGGCUUCGAUAGCCCUGGGCCCGGAAGUCGCCCGCUAUCUCGAAGAAAUCGUCCCCCCGGUCCUCGCGUGCUUCAGCGACCAAGAUGCCCGCGUUAGGUACUACGCGUGCGAGAGCAUGUACAACAUCGCAAAGGUCGCCAAGGGCGAGAUACUCGUCUACUUUAACCAGGUCUUCGAUGCCCUGUGCAAGAUGGCUGCAGAUUCGGAGCUCUCAGUCAAGAACGGCGCAGAGCUGCUCGACCGCCUGAUCAAGGACAUCGUCUCCGAGUCGGCUGCCAGCUACGUAUCCGUCCUACACGACACGCCCGACCAGGAAGACCCCGAAGACGAACCUCACCCAUUCGCUUUCAAUCUCGAACGAUUCCUGCCACUCCUCGAAGAACGCAUCUAUGUCCUUAAUCCGUUCACACGUUCCUUCCUGGUGGCAUGGAUCACGCUGCUCGACUCUAUACCUGAUCUCGAACUCAUCGCCCACCUGCCGCGGUUCCUCGGCGGUCUCUUCAGAUUCCUGAGCGACACCAACCAGGAUGUAUACACCAUGACGCAGGCGGCAUUGGACAGAUUCCUAAGUGAGAUCAAGAAGAUCGCGCGCAUCAAGAAGGGCAUAGCGGAAAGCAAGAGGAGCAACAGCAAGGACGAUCGCAGGAACUCUACGGGUAGCAUCCAUAGUGGUAGCGAAGCGACAGACAGCACCCCUCUCGAGCUGGACGAUUCCAUCAACGACAAGGGCGAGGCAAGCGGAGAGAGCGGCUCCAUCUCUGGCGACAGCGGAAAGUCUGUCAACGGCGACGGAAACUGGAUACCUGGCCAGGAUGUGCACGUUGACCAUCCCAAGAUCCUUGAGAUUCUAGUCGACUUCCUGGUGCCCCCAUCAGGCACAGAAGAAGAGCAAACCGAGAUACUGCUCACGGCACUCCGCUGGAUAGACAACUUCUUCGACAUUUGCCCAGAGGACAUCAUGCCGUUUGUUCCCAGUCUCUUGUCGCACGUGCUGCCACGCAUGUCGCACGACGUCGACACCGUUCGCAAAGCUGCAGUCAAGGUCAACGCCUCGUUGAUGGACUAUAUACUGUCAUUAUCUGACGAUAACCGCCCCCGCGAUGGUGCUGCAGGUGGACAGAUUCAGCUACCGCCUUCCCUAUCUGAGCUAGGUAAAGAGCUCACCGGCACGCAGCGGCGCGAUUCUAAUCUAUCUGGCCGAUUGCUCAAGGCAGUCAUCCGCGAUCAAGCAAACAAGGCUGAAUCGCCAGAUGGCAAGGGUACACGAUCGCCCACACCAGCAGAGGAGCGAGGCCCAUCCCCGCGUCCAAUACCAGAGCUGGACUACCAAGCGGCUGUCAGCGCUUUGACACUGCAGUUCUUGAAUGAACACGAAGCCACUCGCGUUGCGGCCAUAGCAUGGCUGAUAAUGCUCCAUAGAAUGGCACCUGGCAGGAUACUGACAGUGGACGACGGCACAUUCCCUGCAUUGCUAAAGACGCUUUCAGACCCUUCAGAUGCGGUCGUUACGCGCGACCUGCUGCUUCUAUCCCAGAUCUCACUGCACAGCGAUGAUACCUACUUCACUUCAUUCAUGGUUAAUCUCCUGAAGCUGUUCUGUACAGACCGCCGACUUCUCGAAACUCGAGGUAACCUCAUUAUCAGACAGCUCUGCAUAACACUAAGCGCUGAGCGCAUAUACCGCACCAUGGCUGAUUGCCUUGCGAAGGACGAGGAUGUCGAGUUUGCCAGUAUCAUGGUCCAAAACCUCAACAACAAUCUCAUCACAGCACCAGAGCUUGCAGAUCUACGAAGACGGCUCAGGAACCUCGACAACAAGGAUGGCCAAUCGUUCUUCGUCAUUCUGUUUAAGGCGUGGUGUAACAACGCUGUCGCUACCUUCUCACUGUGUCUUCUUGCUCAAGCGUAUGAGCAAGCAUACCAUCUGCUUCAAGUUUUUGCGGACCUUGAGAUGACCGUGAACAUGCUCAUCCAGAUCGACAAGCUAGUUCAGCUACUCGAAUCUCCCGUUUUCACCUACCUGCGCAUGCAGCUCCUUGAGCCAGAGCGAUACCCGCACCUUUACAAGUGCAUGUACGGCCUGCUCAUGCUGCUGCCUCAAUCGUCAGCGUUUGCGGCGCUCAAAAACCGUCUGAACAGCGUCUCGGCCAUUGGCUACCUGCACAUUGCGCCGCAACGCAGCAGCUCGACGUAUGUGCACCCUUCCUCUUCCUCCCCUACCCUAAACCACUUGCGGCAAAAAAGCUCAGAAGUUGGCUCGAACAGCAGUGCUAGCAGCGGCAUUCCAUCCUCUGCAGGAUCCAAUGUGUCGACGUUCGAACGUCCUGGCCGCUUGAAACCAAGGGACGGUUUGGGUGGCCCCGAGGCUGGUGGGACCGUCAAGUGGUCAGAGCUGCUCGACAGGUUCAAGCAAACGCAGGAGAAGGCGAGACGCACGCAGCGAAUGGCGAGUAUGGGUGAAGAGGAAGAGAUGCAGGAGAAGAUGGGACCCAGGGCACCUACGCCAAGUGCACCUCCCAAGAGCGUUGCUGGGUUGAGGCCUGGCAGUCCGGCGAACGCGAUGCGACCCCCUCCCCAACCUGCGCCACCGGGUCCAGUGCAGGGCCAUAAGCCAAGGUCCAGUCUGAGCAACCUGGGACGAUUUGCUGGGGGUGUAGCCGGACGAAGGAAGGACAAGAAGUAA